AUCAGUUAGCUUUGUACAUUUCGGGGUGUUGGUUGUAAUUGUGUGUUCGCAUCGCCGCAUUGGAGUAAUAUUUUAGGUGCACGAUAUUGGCCAGUUGCAGUGACAGAUUAUUGCUAACACCAAUUGACAGCGUGCAUGCCACGAGAAUUAUACAACGUGACCGUCAUAAAUCAAAGCUGUUCAUACACAUCUACUGUAGAUAAAAUUUGAAUUUUCUAAGAAAUUUACUAAAUUUCGGCAUAAAAGUAAAAGUGUAAAGGUUGCUGGACGCCAACUUGGUAGCUAACGGGAAAACAGCUUUUAACCAUAACUGCCAUAAAUUCAAAAUUCAAAAUAUUUAAGUUCGAGGAUUUGCCGAUAAGACCCAAGAUGUCUCUUUUCGGCGGCAACAGUCACUCCAUUUCCGAGGAAGAGAUCGAUGAAUAUUCCGAUGGCACCGUAAAGCUGCGUAAUUCGAACAUCGAACUGAUGGAUCAAGAUAUUCUCUACCAUCUUGCUCUGGGCAGUGAAAGUCAUGAUUUGCACGAAAUGUUCGGUGAUGUUAAAUUUGUUUGCAUGGGCGGAACACCAAAGCGUAUGGAAAACUUUGCACAUUUCAUUAUGGGCGAAAUUGGUUAUAAAUUACCCGCCGGUACAAAAUUGGAAGACAUCAGCGCCUAUUCAUAUCGCUACUCAAUGUACAAAGUAGGUCCAGUGCUUUGUGUUAGUCACGGCAUGGGAACACCCUCUGUCAGCAUAUUGUUGCACGAAUUGAUCAAACUCAUGUAUCACGCCAAGUGUCAAGACCCCAUAUUUAUACGUAUUGGCACUUGUGGUGGUGUUGGAGUUGAGGGGGGUACUGUUAUCAUCACCGAAGAAGCGCUCGAUAGCCACAUGCGGAAUGCGCACGAAUUUACAAUUUUGGGCAAAACUGUUUUGCGACCUGCCAAAUUGGAUAAGAAACUGGCACGUGAGCUGAAAGCGCUUGCCAGUGAGGAUGAUCCUUAUGACACGAUUAUCGGCAAAACUCUCUGUACAAAUGACUUCUAUGAAGGUCAAGGUCGUUUGGAUGGCGCAUUCUGUGAAUUCACCGAAACCGAUAAAAUGGAGUAUUUGGAGAUGUUGAGCAGCAAAGGUGUGGUCAACAUCGAAAUGGAGAGUACCAUUUUCGCUGCACUUACAUAUCAUGCUGGCAUUAAAGCGGCAGUCGUAUGCGUUGCGCUAUUAAAUCGUCUAAAUGGUGAUCAGGUAAAUGCACCCAAAGAGGUAAUGCACGAAUGGCAGAAUCGGCCGCAAACGCUCAUUUCCCGUUACAUAUGCAAAACGUUAGCGCAGAAAGGGCAACUGAAGUCACUCUCCCGAGGCUCAAUAAAGUCGCCACGACGCUUCAAGCUGGUGCAACAAGAGUCACAGGCGCAUGAAUAAGCGCCACAAGUGUUUUAUAACUAAAUAUAUAUAAACGAAUAUAAAUACGUACAUACCUACAUACAUACUACAUAUAUUGACGAAGAUCAUUUGUUGCCAGUUAACUUGCCAGUCACAAUGGGUGGUAGAGCGCAACAUACGCAUUAGAUACUAUAUACCACGCAUACCCACAUAUAAACAUACAAUUAAUUGCAUAUAGAUGUAUUUAUAAAUAUGUUAACAAGUAAAUUUAAUAAUAACAAAAACAAAAUGUUAAAAGACACUCCAUACGAAACAUUCCAAAUACAAAAAAAAAAAAAUGAAGCGUUAAAAGACCAAAAACUAAUUGUUAGCCAGUGUUGCACAUGCAAUUUUUUUUAAGAAUAUAAUAUACAAUGAAGCACAGCAAUUUAUUAUAGAAAAAUCAAUUUGCUGAAACGUUUAAAAUAUCGGUAUUUAUAUACACAUAUGUGUAGCGGUUUGUUUAAUACACGCUUUAUUGUGGAAGGAAAAUUUAAUUUUA